ACUAUUUGGCCUCAAUUUCUCUUCCCUCCGUCUUAACUCCAGUUCUUGCUCGGCCCUGAAAUACUACUUUGACGGGUGGUAUUUCAAUCCAACAACCUCGAUUUUGAAAUCACUUGAAUCUCUUCCAGUCAUUUACUUAGUCGUCAACCAAAUCUGUCGUUCCCUCAAGUGUCAUCGCACACGAUCUCUCAAAGUCUGGCCAUGAACGGAAACACCAAGCUCAUCUUGAGUCUUGUCAACAGACUCACAGCUCGACUCCCGGUAAAUAGCGGUAACCAGUUGCAUGACUUAGAGACAGAUCCCACGGUUCAACAGACCGUGGCCGCUCUGACUGAGUUAUCGGAAUUUCGGUUACCGUCAAUUGCAAAAAUGCUAGCCAGUAGUAUCGAAAACCUUAGCAAAGCGUCGGAGGAAUUAUCAGCGUCGUUGAUUCCGUCAGAGAUACUACAAUCGCAGUUGUUUCUGCUGAGGACCCUGGCAACAUGUAUGCAGCAUCACCAGCAAUUUAAUCACCAACAAUGCUGUGAGCGAGUCAAAACCUUAGAACGCAAAAGCUCGCAGACCAGCCAUCGAACAGAGGAAACACUGGAGGAUGAGAAUCAUUCGGUUGCAAAUAUAUCAGAAAGCAGUGAACACACCUUGUACGAGAAGUACUAUUCUGUACCUAGACCAUUGUACGAUCCACCGCCACUGGAUGAUGAAUUGACCGAUUACAUCUCUACUGUACUUUCGCCGUUCCUUCAUCAAAUGCAAAUGCACGAAGAUCAAGCCAACGCCCAGCACAACAAUGUUCCGACUUCACCCUUGCCCAAGCGUACGGACAGCAUGAGUAGCCUGAAUCUGGACAAUACUGGCGAAAUGGUAUUGGAUAUAUAUCAAACAGCUCGCAAGAUCUUAUUCUAUACCAGCGCCAGUAAUUGGACCACUUUCUUUGCAAGAAUUCGUGCACGACUUGCUAUAUUUGCUGCUGCUUCAGAAGAGCUAAAGGAGUGGUCUGAUCUUCGUCUUUUAGAGUGUGCUUCUCUCAACUCAAAACGUCUGGCACAAGUCAUUAGAGAAAUGACAACAUGUUUCAUGCACUUGGGCACCUCCUUGCAGUUGCGAGUUGCUGUAUAUUUGAGAAACGCCAUUUGGAACUGGAUUGAACUUUACACUCUUGAAUUCAUAGACCUAUCCGUCAACUCCAAACGUGUCGACAACGGUCCUGAGAUUCUUUUUGACAUGGCUGCUGCUGUCAUUGACAAUACCAGGAAAAGAUCUGUCAUGUGGCCUUUGCAAACCAUGUUGUUGGUCCUAUGCCCAGACAUUUUGAUUCAAGCGUUCAUGAGCGAAGCUCCCUCGCAAGCGUCUAGACGGGGUGCAUUCCUUGAAACUCUUCGAAAGGCUUUACGAAGUUCCAAAACGUCAGCAAUCGCUACGGCUUGUUACGUCGACAUCUGUAAGACAUCGACGUAUGUUCCGCCCACCGAAAACUGUGUUCUUCGACACAUUGCCGCUGAUAUCGAGAACGAAAUUAGAGAGAAAGUUUUCGAUUUCUCUAAGCCGGCAACUAGCAGCAUGAUUAAUAGCGGCAUGAGCGGCCUGCACAUUGAUCAGCAAAAGGUCACCACCGAUUUUAUGCUAUCCCUUUUCAGAUUAGAUGCCAGAAGUGUGCUGGAGAAGCUAGUGCCUAGUUGUCUUGAAGAUCAUGUUCACAUCUCUUACAAACUUGCCCUCAUCAAGGCGUGCUCUGAAAUAUCCGAGUCGCAGAAGAGACUUCCAUGGUAUCCUUUGAUUAUGUCCAUGCAUAGUUAUCUUGCAGCUCCCAUGCGAAAGUUAUUUCUGGACUAUGCCGAUCUUGAAAUCCUCCAUAUGCACACUUUCAUAGAAGGUAUACCACCGGAUCGAACCAACGUCAUCGCGUUAAGGCGACUGGACGCUCAAACAACCCCAGCUGAAGUGCAAACUCUUUUACACAAUAUACUGAAACUGUUCUCGAAAAACCCAUUGAUUGCUCUCUUGGGGUCCGAUGAUGACAAUGAACGAGUGUCGCAAAACACCAGUAUGUUGCUUAAAACAACGUAUCUUCUAUCGUCGCCAAAGUCGACCAUACAAACCAUGGCAGCAGCUUGUCUCGGAGCGUUCUAUCAACCAUCGAGUAUCAGUAACUGGUGCGCUAACAGCUCCAAGAUUGUCAGUACUUUUUGGAAGGGCUCGACUCAAGUGAUUAGAGAUAUAUGCAUUCAAAUAUUCCAAACCCGAGAAAACGAAGAUUGUUCAAAGCAAUUAUUAGAAACCUUUUAUAGAUUGAUGCGCCUUGCUGUUGAAUUCGUCACACCACAUCAGGAAGCCGUUGCUGACGGGGCAGAUACCAUCGAGGCAAUUCAAAUAUCAGUGUUCAUGGAAGCUGCACUUUUGGUCUCGUUCUCGUCGUUGAAUACCGACAUUUGCGCCCUUGCUAUCCAAUGUCUUCCUUUUGUUGGGUCCAGUGGCCGUAUGUUGGAGGAGAUGGAAGCAUACUCUAAUACUGACCUAUUGAUGUUGGGAAAUCUGUCGAUCUACGAGUCCAUCGUUAAGAAUAAUGAAUCGUUCUUGGGUCGUAAAGCGCAACAGCGACGUAUUCGUGAAUCUCUUCGACUGUUGAAUCAACAAAACCCCGGAAUUUUAGGUGCUUGGGAGGAGAUUUGGCAGCGCUGGAAGAUGCUAUCGCAAAAUGAUCUGGACGACUAUGAAGGCUUGAUGUCCAACUCUGAUCCUAUAACCAGUCGGCUCUCUAGAGGUGCAGACAAGAAGGUCGCAUCACCAUCCCUUGGCCGCCACUCAAGGCCGUAUCAGUACAUGACUCUGGAAGAACGAGCCUUUCAGUGGCAGAACUACACUGGUUUCUUGGCAGCUGUGGGUGGAUGUUUGUUAACAACGUCGCAAAGCGAUAAGCUGCUGGACAUUUGGCUCUUUACCGGUAGAAAACCAAUUCGUCAACCGAGAACUGCUCCCGAGUAUCAUGCCAUGAUCAAAAUGUUCGUCAUGGAGCUCUUUGAGCAUUUGAUCAGUGAUAACAUUUUCAUGCGAGAGACGGCGAAGGAAGCUUUGGGUCGCGAUUUAUCUCCUGUCCUUCACGCCAUGUUGCUGGAACAUAUGGAAGAAACCCUGUCUCAAUGCUUUGAGGCGGAUGGCGAUGUUGUCUGCUCGCCACGUUUCAAUUUACUCAUCGACCAGUCUAUCACCAUUCUCAAGCUCAUUCUUGACCGAAUUAAUGCCUCAUCUGAGAGCGUAUUCGCCAUCAACUUCAGUGGAUUGAUUCAUCAGUUUGCAAGGUAUCUUAACAAGCUGGGAAGUAGCCAAACUGCGCUCAAAAUGAAAAUCAGAAUGUGCAACUUGUGCGAAGCUCUCAUGCAAAAGAAGGAUUAUGUAACUAUCCGUCAAGAAUACCUUGUGAGAAAUCGAUUGCUGGAGAUCAUUGUGGAGUGGACUAGUGAUUUUGCUUUGAAACCGGAGAGUAAAUCCAACCAUAAUCCAAUGGAUACCGCAAUGAAUGAGAAGCUUUAUCAUGAUCUUGAUCAAGCUUGUUUGAAAACCAUUGUUGCCUUGCUACACCAAUUACCUUUACAACCACUGGAGCCCGCUCAAGAGGGUCAACUAGGACAAGUCAAAAGUCGUAUUUUCUACAAAUACUUCACCUUCUUUUUAAAGCUUUUGAAUAGAUGCAAGAACAUCGAGACGCGGGCGAUUGUCGAUUCGAAGACUGCAAAUGGCUUGAAGCCUAAUAGAACUAUAGAAAAUCCAAAGGAUUUGGAGCCGUUGAAAAAUUACACCAUUUUGGCCAUGUCCAAUCUACUGAGUGCUAACGUAGAUGCUGGCCUGAAGUAUUCGCUGACAAUGGGGUAUCAUGAAGAUACUCGUACCAGAGCCGCGUUCAUGCAGGUCUUGACCAAUAUCUUAAAGCAAGGUACGGAGUUUGAUACCCUAGCGGAAGACUUCGAAGAAGAAAGAAAUGAGAGGUUGGUUAGGAUGCUUGUUGAUUCCGAUGUCAACAUUACACUGGCCUUCUGUGAAGUGUGUCCUGCUCAGCAGAUCGAAGAAGUUGCCGAGGUUCUUAUGGCAUGCUUCGAAUCUCGAAACAAGCAUAUGGAACUGCUUAAAACUCUCAUAUCUCGAGAAGUUGAAUCUACAGAGCAAGAAGCAACUCUGUUCAGAAGCACCAAUAUCACGACUAGAAUGAUAUCGUUGUUCACACAGAAUUCAUGCACUGAUUAUCUGCAUAUGACAUUGCAACCUGCCCUUGAAGCGUUCAAUGAGAUUCCGCCAGAGUGCACGUCGUGGGAGCUAGAUCCUGAGAAGGUUGGACCAGAUGAAGAUAUAGCUAAGAACAGAGAGAAUGUCAUAAAAGCAACGGAAAUGCUUCUCAAGCCAAUUUGUGACUCGGUUAAGAAAGCUCCAAACAUCUUCCGUGAAGUUCUCUCUCUCGUCGUUAAGGCAGUUCAAAAGCGAUUCCCUGAAGCCAAAUACACUGCCGCUGGUGGUAUUGUCUUUUUGCGAUUCUUCUGUCCUGCUAUUCUCACGCCUGAAGGCCUUGGUAUGCCCAAACGAUGUUCUCCUAAAACCAAGGAAAUCCGAAAGCUUCUGGUUCAAGCAACCAAAGUCAUUCAGAAUUUGGCGAACAAUGUCUUGUUCGGUGCUAAAGAAACACACAUGAUCGUCCUCAAUGAUUACUUGACUACCAACAUUUACCGGGUUACCAAUUUCCUUCGAGAUAUCUCAACGUCUCCAUCUCAAUCUGAACUGCAGCCCACGAAUAUUGUUUCAACAGGAAAGGUUGACAAAACCAUACAUAUCAAGUUGCAUAGACUUCUGUUUAAUAAUUUGGAACGUAUGUCUCGAUAUGUUGCAACGCAAUCAGUCCGUAACGAUUCUGGAUCAGGAGAUGUAUUUCAGCUCAAGAAGACGUUUGAUUCGCUAUCAAACCUGCUAUUCCAGUUUGACAAGCCAGCUGAGCUGCCCAGAGAAGACUCGCCGGCAUUCAGACACCAUUCGCCUCGGCCCAAUGAACACGUCUAUUCAGAUUUGAUCAGACGAAAUGAAAACCGCAGUUUGGAAGCCCUACUUGCCAAAAACAUAUUUUAUGAAGGUGGCGCCUCCAAGGCAGGAAGACCAGUGUUUUAUUUCAUCAUUAGACGCAUGGAGGGAGAAAACGUUGAUUACGAAUUACUUCUUUACUAUAUGAUGAAGCAAAUGACCCGAACGCCAUCAAGACCGUUUGAAAUCGUCUUUGACAAUACUCAGAUCAGUCCAAAGCAUGAAUUCCCCGGCCAGUGGCUAAACCAAGUGUUUGGAAUGAUGCUACAUGAUGUGGUUGACAAGAUUACCUGCUUGUAUAUUUACAACCCAUGUACAUACAGCCGCUCUUACUUUAGAAAGUUCAAUCGAAAUUUGAUCUCGAAAUUAGCGAAAAAGACUGUGUCUAUAUCUACGCUAGCAGAGCUUCAAGAGCAUAUACCAGCAUCGAAAAUACGAUUGCCUCAAACCACAGUUGAGCUUGAUGCCCAAGCUAGUGUCGUGUUUUACCCUGUCAACCGUCUAUCCACCAGCAAUACUUCCACUGCUGUUACCGUGAAGGUCGGAACCACUCAUGUUCAGAUUAUGACGACUCGUAAACAAGAGCUUGUACCUGGCUAUUCCAGUAUCAUCAACGACGUCUUCCACAUUUCGGAUAUCGAUGUGACAUCCACCAUUAAUCCAAGAUUCGAUGAGUCCAACGAAUUUACGCUGAAAAUUGAUACUUUGAAGGCUUCCAUGGCUUUUGUUACCCCUAGAAAAGAAGCAUUGAUUUCGCUCCUGAAUCAUAAUAAGAAACGCUUUAAGCAGACCACACCAAACACUGUCACCGAGCGUAUCAUCCGCCCAGAAGACGUUCCAGGAAGACUACUGAACAUGGCGUUGUUGAACAUUGGAAGCGACGAUCCUGAUCUGCGAUUGGCAGCGUACAACUUGCUCUAUUCGCUCAGUCUUAGCUUCCGAUUUGACAUUAGUAAUCGCCUGUUGAACUCCAAGGACCAUUGUAUCCCGGCUAAUAGCACGAGCUUCAUUGUUGGUAUUAGUGAGAACCUUGCAGUUACAGAGCCGCAUCUCACUCUGGAAUUCCUUAAUGAAUGCUUUGUCGGUUUCAAUAAGUCGAGUGAACCCUUACGACAGUUGUGUCUUGAAUACAUGGCUCCUUGGCUGCAAAACCUAAGCAUUUUCGCAAGAAAUAGUCCUGAUGGAAAGAACGACAACGUCAUUAAGACCAAAGAGGUUAUCCGGCUAUUGAUUGACUUGACCGUAACCAGAGUCGAUAUUUACCGACUUGUUCAAGAUAAAAUAUGGAAGACCAUUAGUCAAGUGGACGAUGUCAUCAACCUUGUGCUAGACACAUUUGUACAAUUUUCUGUAGAGCAUGGGAUUGGCUCGCCACAAGCUGAAACGAUGGCUGAUACACUUGUUACGUUGUCGAAUGUGGCUGUCAAGGGCAAGAUCAUCGCUCGCCUUCGCAAGGUCAUUCAAAAAACCUCCCUCCAAUACAGCAGGACCUUGACCGAACAUCCAGCUUGGAUAGAAAUCGCUACACUCGUUCGAUUUACGCUCAUGCUUUCUUUCCACAGUACCAGUCCAAUUAAGCCUUAUUUGGCCGAAUUAAUGUACAUCGUAACUCUUCUGGUGGCAACUGGCCCACUUUUGAUAAGGACGUCUAUCCAUGGCAUGGUGGUCAAUAUCUUACAGUUGCUCUCAACUGAAACGCCUUUGCGGGAAGGUCACAUUAAGAAGCUUCAUUUCCUUGCCAACGACAUUUCGGAAUCCAGCAAUCGUGUACUUUUUGGUAUUACAGAAGAAAAUAUCAAUGCUUUCACGAUCUCCCGGGAGACCUUGGUCGGAAAUCAUGAGAAUCUUAGCUUGCAAUCAUUGGAGACUAUCGUCAAGACAUUGAUUGAAGCUAUGAGUUUGGGAGCACCGUCCAUAGAUAUCUCGAACACUUGGCGUGCUCGAUGGAUGGGAUUAGUGACCAGUACAGCGUUCCAAUUCAAUCCCGCCAUCCAACCCCGAGCAUUCAUUGUCAUUGGCUGUUUGGCUCAAGACGAAGUGGACGACGAUCUGGUGUACCAAAUCUUGGUAGCUUUACGUGGGGCAUUGCAGUUCCAUAGCAACACCGAAUCCAACCUUCUCAUUAGCAUUUUGAUGUGUCUCAAGAACAUUGCUCAAAACAUGCCACCUACCUCACGAUAUCUGUUGCCACUAUUCUGGAUUGCUGUGGCACUUGUGGAGAUCAAUGAUCCAGCUAUCUUCUCGGCCUCCACUGAGCUAUUGACAACUAUCAUAGAAAUCCUGGAUCAUCACCGUCUACUGUAUGAAGAUGAAUCUAUCAUCGAAGCCUUGCUCAACGCAAGAGAGCCAUUUGAAGAAGCUGCCAUGGAGCUGGACGUUGAAUGCGAAGUCAACUUUAACUCACAUUUCCAAUUCGCCAUGGUUGCCAUCUUAUUGAAGGGUAUGAAGCACGAUAACACCCGAGAUGCUAUUCGAAUGGCUUUGUGCAAGUUUUUAGAAAUUGAAAGAAAGUACAACAUUGAUCAAAGAAUCGUCAAUACCGAAAUGCUUGGCUACCUGGUCGCAUUACUCCCUCUUGCAUCUAGAGAUGAUGCACUUCCUGACGCUCUUCGACUGGCUGGAUUUGACUCACACGAACUAGAUGAUGAGAGUAUCUUUGAGAAGACAGAUAUCCCGGACAACACUACUGGUCUGCUAAUGAUUUCGUUGUUGGUCAAUAUGCUAAGCUUGCCAGACAAGGAUGUCGAUAGAACAUUUAUUUACAGCUUGUUAGCUGAGGCUGCCUUAGCUAUCCCUAGCGUUUUUGGUGUCGUGUAAGUUACUGGUGAAUAACGUU